UCAUUUUAAACUACUUGGCCUCAAGAACUUUGGAUAUGAAAGAAUUCAGUGACUGAAGAAGACCGUUUAUAUGUCACACAACACUCCCUAUUUAUCUGGGCUUGGGACCUGCAGUCAGGAAUGCACCGGGCUAAGGAACUGAAGCGCCGUCCAGUGUAACUUUGACAUGUGGACAUGAGGAGGGUUCUCUGCAUCCCCGGUGUCUUCCUCUCCUCCACUGCCUCUGAAGCCAUGGACUAGAGCUGCAUCUGGUCCGGACAGUCCCGUGGUCAUCAGAUGGCUUCUCAACAACCCUCAGCAAAAAUACAGAAAAUGAGAACGUGAAGGCUGGCGUCCACCAAGGCCACCGCUGCACCUUGGGCAGCGCACACACAUGAUCACAUGACUCUGGACAUGGACGCGGUCCUGUCAGACUUUGUUCGGUCCACGGGGGCAGAACCAGGUCUGGCAAGAGACCUGCUGGAAGGUAAAAACUGGGACCUCAGUGCUGCUCUAAAUGAUUACGAGGAGCUCAGGCAGGUCCACACUGCCAACCUGCCGCAGGUCUUCAACGAGGGCCGCUACUACAAGCAGCCAGAGGCACGUGACACGCCCACCCAUGUCAGCAAGAUCGACAGGCCGUGCGCACAGAAGCAGGAGGACAAUGCACAAGAGAAGCGUCUGUCCCGCGGGAUCUCCCACGCCAGCUCUGCUAUCGUCUCUCUGGCGCGGCUGCAGGUGGCCAACGAGUGUACCAGCGAGCAGUUCCCUCUUGAGAUGCCCAUCUACACAUUCCAGCUGCCGGACCUCAGCGUGUACAGCGAGGAUUUCAGGAGCUUCAUAGAGAGAGACCUGAUAGAGCAGUCCACCAUGAUGGCUCUGGAGCAGGCUGGUCGUCUGAACUGGUGGUCCACCAUGUGCACCAGCUGUAAGAAGCUGCUUCCUCUGGCCACCACAGGGGACGGGAACUGCCUCCUGCAUGCUGCCUCUUUAGGGAUGUGGGGCUUCCAUGACCGAGACCUGAUGCUGAGGAAAUCCCUGUAUACCAUGAUGAAGAGCGGAGCGGAGAGAGACGCUCUGAAGAGGAGGUGGAGGUGGCAGCAGACCCAACAGAACAAGGAGUCAGGGUUGGUGUACACUGAGGAGGAGUGGGAGAGAGAGUGGAACGAGCUGCUGAAGUUGGCCUCCAGUGAGCCUCGCACUCACCUCAGCAAAAACGGCAACACCAGCGGAGGGUACACGCAAGAUAGCCAGAGGGCAACACAGAUCCAAGUGGAUGAGGUCAGAUUACGCAGGCACAUGAUCAGCAGGAACGUUUACCGUUUUGGCUGCUCUUUGCAUCGGGUGGAUAACUCCGAGGAUCCGGUCUAUGAGAGUCUAGAGGAGUUCCAUGUGUUUGUGCUGGCUCAUGUGUUGCGCAGGCCAAUUGUAGUGGUGGCUGACACGAUGCUCAGAGACUCAGGAGGAGAAGCAUUUGCUCCAAUCCCGUUUGGUGGGCUCUAUCUGCCUCUGGAGGUGCCCCCGAGCCGCUGUCACUGCUCGCCCCUGGUCCUGGCCUACGAUCAGGCUCACUUCUCCGCGCUGGUGUCCAUGGAGCAGAGAGACCAGCAGCGAGAGCAAGCUGUUAUCCCUCUGACCGACUCGGAGCACAAGCUGCUAGCGCUCCAUUUUGCCGUGGACCCUGGCAGGGACUGGGAGUGGGGGAGGGACGACAACGAUAAUACCAAGCUAGCCAAUCUCAUCUUGUCUCUGGAGGCCAAACUCAACCUGCUGCACAACUACAUGAAUGUAACGUGGAUCCGAAUUCCAUCUGAAACAAGGGCUCCCUUGGCUCAGCCAGAGUCUCCCACAGCCUCUGCAGGUGAGGAUGUCCAGUCUCUAGCUGAGUCCAUGGACUCUGACCGCGAGUCUGUCGGCAGCAACUCGAACGUCAACAGCAGCAAGCCCAGCAAGGAGAAGGACAAAGACAAGCAGCGCAAGGACAAAGACAAGAGCAGGGCUGAUUCUGUAGCCAACAAACUAGGUAGCUUCAGCAAAACCUUGGGAAUCAAGUUGAAGAAGAACAUGGGAGGUCUGGGCGGCCUUGUGCACGGCAAAAUGAACAAAUCUAACUCUGGCUCAGGUCGCAGUGGGGAGAAUGGAGGGGAGAAGGCAAAGAAGAAGGAGUCUAAGGCAACCAAGGGAAGCAAGGAGGAGUCGGGCCAGUCAGCCAGCUCCACCUCUUCUGAGAAGGCCACUAGUCCCUCCCCUACAGACAGAGACAGACCCUCCAGCUCCUCCCCCACCGAGAGACAGGACAGUGCAGGGAGAGUCUCAGGGGACAAAACCCUGGAGAACUGGAAAUACAGCACCGAUGUCAAGCUCAGCCUCAACAUCCUCCGGGCUGCCAUGCAGGGGGAACGCAAGUUCAUUUUCGCAGGCCUCUUGCUCACCAGCCAUCGGCACCAGUUCCACGAGGAGAUGAUCAGCUACUACCUGACCAACGCCCAGGAGCGCUUCAGCCAGGAGCAGGAGCAGAAGAGGAAGGAGGCCGAGAAGAAGCCCCCCGCCGCCAGCGAGGUGGCCGCGAAGAAGCCCGAGCAUGAGAGUGUCUUCCAGAGGGAGAGAUCGGACAGCUCGCCUCCGGAGAGCUGCUCUCCCGUCCUGCCCCAUCACACCCACACCUACAACCACAACUCGCAACCCCCGCUGGGUCUCAAGAUGCAGGGCAGGAACAGUCCCACUCCCGCAGCCCCUCUUGUCUCUGUCCCAGUCCCUCCUCUCACCCCGCCUACAGCCUCCCACCACGUCUCCCACCCAGCCCCAGCCCCUGCGCCUUACUCUUCCCCCAGUAUUGGUGCUAAGAGACCUGGGCCCGUUCCUGUGUCCGCCCACUACAGCCAUACACCGCCCAUCCAGAGGCACAGCGUGAUCCACUUACAAGAUGUCAACAUGCAAUCCUCCAUCUUCCAAGAUGACCCCUAUAAGCCCAUGGUGGGCACCCUAAAGACAUGCGCCACCUACCCCCAGCAGAACCGCACACUCUCAUCCCAGAGUUACAGCCCCGCUCGCCUGUCAGGGGUCCGCACUGUUAACACCAUAGAGACCCUCUCCUACAACAUGCCCGGCGAACACAAGUCCCACACCUACACCAAUGGAUUCGACGCGGGAGACAUUCAGGACUGCCUGGAGUUUGCUGAUGAGGACAACUCGUCUCACACCUGGCUCAACCAAGACAAAACCAAAGGGCGGAGCUCUGGAAGCCCUUUGUACUGCUUUCAGCAGCGCCGCUGCAAGAGGGAGAACUGCUCCUUCUACGGCAGGCCAGAGACAGACAACUACUGCUCCUACUGCUACAGAGAGGAGCUGAAGCGCAGGGAGAGAGAGAGCAAAGUGCAGAGGCCUGCAUAGCCAUCACAGCCACUUCAGCCACUCGUCAGCAAGGCCGCGGGAGACCCGAGGGAGCUACACCAUCUGCACUCUGCAUUUAGAAUAACAUGGUGGCAAACAUUUUCCUAUUUUGUUGAAGAAUGCUCUUGUAUUCCUGUCACCCUUCCCUUGUUAGUAAAGAUUCUUACUUUAUGAUGGGGGAAGCAGAACUUGAAACAGUGAGCAGCUUUGGCCAGAAAUUGUGCUAUUUUUGUUUUGGGGUUUCAUUUCUGUCUCAUUGAACUUAGUCUUUUACUUGUUUUAGAGUAAAAGUCAUCUCUCUCUGUGUGUGAUGUAACUUUCUGUAUGUGAGGGAAAGUUCUUUAUUUUUCAAGGUACAAAAGAUUUGCAUCUCAUCAGGAGGGAACAUUUUAGCUCUUUUAAUCAGUUUGAAUGCAAUACCUCUGCUUGUCUCUUCAAAAUCUCUGUGGAAAAUUUGUAGUUGUUUUGCAAUCAAAAGAAAUUUAACGGGAGAUUAAUAUUAGACUUAAAAGCAAUAAAUUGGUGAUUUUUGCUACACCCUCUCCCAAUUUUGUCUAUGCACCAAUAAUAUAGUUACUGUAGGUUAACUGUGUCUUGUAAAUUGUAAAGGAUUGUCACGGUGUGCUUUUGUAAACAAAUUUGAACUACAGGAAUUAAAAAUGUGUAAGCAUUAUAGAUUGUAAUGUUGGAUUAGGAUGAAAUGUAAAACUAUCUCAUUUGUUAAGUGUACUUUUGUUCUUAACGCGGUGCAAAGGUUUGUGUCAGAAAUCGGACUCAAAAUAUUGUGUAAGAUAUCAUUUCACACUUCUGCCCGUAGUCGACCUCCUGAAGACCACAAGCACUGCCAAACCGGCUUCUUUAAAAAAAAAAAAAAAUUAAAAAUGUACUUUGUGGCAUACACCAAACAGUGUGCAUAGGAUGAAUCGCUUCUCAAAUAUGCAGUGUUUAUGGUGUGUUUCUCCGACUCGCCUGUUAACUACUCUAUUCGGUCCGUGUGUUAGAUGAGAAGAAUCGUGGGUAGCCAGAGCAGGCCGACGCGUAUUUGUCUGAAGUGUGAUUACGUGUCCGUUCCCCCCUUACACACACAACACGAUGUGCAAUCAUGCUAUUAGCACUAUGUGGUGACCUACAGCGUAGAUGUGUCACCGGUCCAGUGUGAGAUUGUCUGUUCUUCUUCCAUAUCUAGAGGCCGUUUAAAAGAAGCACCUGCUGCUAAGAGCACCUCAAGCCUUUGUGAUCAUCAGUGCUUUAACCAAUCAGUGGGUUUGUAAAACCCCGGGCCUCCAAGUGCUUUCUGCUCAUUCGACAUGACUACUGUAAAGACGCAGUGUUUGUGGUGGCUGUUUGUUCUGGUGAUGCUUGGAUAAUGUACCAUGCUGUCCUUAACUAAGUGUGUCCUGGCCAAGGAUGUCCACUGCUCCCUGGGUUCGCUUCUGUCUCUCUCCUGUACACACUGCAGUGUUGCUCCUCUUUGUUUCUAUGUGACCAGUUCAUGGACUCUCACCAUGUUAGGACUGUAAGAUAUGAUUUUGUAUUCCUUUAAGAGUUUUACACUACUUUAAAUUAUUAAUUUGCACAUUAGGUACAGAUGUAAAUAUGAAAAAAAAAAAAUAGUUUAU